AUGGCUGCUCCGUCAGGCACUGAAACCCUCUCCUGCCUGCCUGCCUCCUCUGCCACGAAACAGCAACUCGGGCUCCAUGAGCAGCACCAGCCCCAGCAGGAGCCGUGGCGGGAAAACCGCAACAGUGUUGCGAGCAGCGACUGCGGUCCCUGCCGAAGGAGCAAGUCCUCGGGACUUAUAAAGGACCUGCCUCUGCCAGAGGACCUGGACUGCAAGAGCACCACGCACAUCAAGCUGCCCGUCUACGCCAGCCUCAUCUGUAUGGACAUGGAAGCCAGUGGGGAGCCCCAGGUCACCCUCUGGGCCAUCUACAGAUGGACAACAGACAACUUCUGUUAUUUCCGACUCGCCAAUCCCACAUGGCAGAAUUCCAUCCAGCACAACCUCUUCUCCCACAAGUGCUUCAUCAGGGUGCCCCGGGAGAAGGAUGAGCCUGGGAAAGGAGGGGUUUGGAAGAUGGAUUCCCUGUGCACCUACCAGCUCAAGAAGGGUGGCUUCAGAAAGCGGAGGAGGUCCCCAGGGCAGACCCACCCGGCCUUCACAAAAACAGCCCAGCAAGAACCAGGGUGUGAUGCCAGCCCAGCCGCUUAAGUUUGCCCCCCCUCUAACAUCCUCAGGGUCAGCAGAGAGUCGCAGCAGCUGCAGGAGGAGUUGGCAGAAACCACCAGCAGCCAGAGCUGGGAUCCAGCUGAGGGCCAAGCAGGGCAGAAGCACCAGCAGCUCUCACCCACCCCACCGGCCAAGGUGGCUCGGCUUUCCAGCUCAGCCUUGCUGACCCUGGAAGAGCAAAAGGAGCUGGGAUCCUUGAAAGGUAUCUGGGACUGGGAGGCCAUCUUCAACACCAACCUGAAUGCAGACUUGCCCACAUUUGGGGAUCUGGACAUUCUGCCUCCAACCAGCCCCAUCAUGCAUGACCUGGACUUGAUGGUCCAUGGGCAGCACACCGAGGGUCCCCAGGGGCAAGAGCAGGUCCACACUGAAAUCCAUCAGAACAACCCGGGCUGGGAUGAAACCUUCAGGGCUGCUGCUCUGCUGCAGAGUCCCUGA